CCCGCCAAUUCCUGUGAUUUCAAUUUCAAUCCAAUAUUCUCAAUUUCAUUAUUUCAAGAUGUUUAAUAUAAUGUGGAGCAACAACUAACGUAUUUUUUAGUUUCUAUUUCUGUAUUUAAAAUAAAAAAAUAAUAUCUUCGUCAUUUGGUGAACUCGUUAUUUAACUCUUGGUAAGAUACGAUAGUUCUAGAUAUUUUGAAUCUACGUUUCAAAAAUCAGGAUGGUAGACUGUGAAGAAAAUAUAGCCAAGAAGGCUAAACCUUCGAAGAAUGAAAUUGUUAUUGAAAAGCCAAGUAAAGUUGCCUUACCACCUAAAGUUAAGCCGGAAAGGUGUAGCAUAUGCAGGCAGUUCAGUGACGAUAUCACUCUGUAUAAUGGACAUCCUAACAAUUCGGUUGAAGAAUAUAUUGCACUCACUAAUGAUAAAUUAUCCUUAUUUACUGGAGAAGAAUCGCAUGAACAAGACUGUCGUCCUACUCACAAGGUUACCCACUUCAAUAUCUAUUGCAAAAAUGGUCAUUUGUGUCCUUUUUAUUCUGGACUUAUCGAAACAGAUGUUCUGCUUUAUUUUUCGGGCCAUAUUAAACCAGUUUAUGAUGAUAACUCUAAUCCUGAUGGUGGUAUUCCUGCCUUCGAUAUGGGUCCUAUUAAUGAAUGGUGGACCACAGGCUUUGAUGGGGGUGAAAAAGCUCUCGUUGGAUUUUCAACUGAUUAUGCAGAAUAUUAUUUAAUGGAACCAUCAGAAGAAUAUAGACCUUUUUGGGAGGCUAUAAAUGAAAAGAUACAUUUAUCUAAAAAAGUAAUUGAAUAUCUUCUUGAAAAAGGUUUGCAGAAUCCAGCUUAUGAGGACUUGCUAAGAUUUAUUUAUUCUCUGGGAAAUUAUCCUCAAGCUGAGGAGUCUUUGUUAAGACAUGCUCAAUUCAUUUGCGAUCAGGUGGUUGGAUUUGAUGCAUCUGCUGCUACAGAUAACAUGGAAAAGCCUCUUAUAAGUUUACCAUGUAUGCGGUCUUUAGUGAAAAUGGCAGGGGUAGUUUUUUCUGGGAAAAAAAGUAUGAAAAAACGAGAAGAUAAGACUGUUGAAGUAAAAGGAACUACUUGGUGCAGAGCAGCAACCACAAGUUUCAUAGGAGAGAUAUUUGAAACAAGUUUCAAAGAUCUCUCUAAUAACAAUGGAAAAGAAGCAAAAGGACGCCGUCGAAGACGUUGCGGAUUAUGUGAAGGUUGUUUGAGUCCUGAAUGCGGAGAAUGUUCCCACUGUAGAGACAUGAAAAAAUUUCAUGGUCCUGGUCGAACAAAACAGGCAUGUAAACGGAGGGUUUGUCCUUAUAUGGCUAUUGAAGAAGCGGAUAAUGACAGUGAUAUUGAUGAAGAUAAGGACGAAGUGGCAAAUAUUCGGGAAACAGAGAAUAAAGCUUGUUCCACAAAAAUUUUACACAAUGCUGUGGUGUUCCCUAAUGAUCCAAUAUUUGUAGACAGUGAGAAAAAAUUCUUCAACUGUGCUUUAGUAGAUGAACUCAAAGUAACCGUUGGCGAUUUUGUAAUUUUAAAUUCAGAGAUUUCAAAAAAGUUACCACAAAUUGGAAAAGUGAUUUUUAUGUAUGAAAAUAUAUUUACAAAUGGAAAAAUGUGUCAUGUCCAAUUAUACAGGAGGGGAUGUGACACUAUACUAGGUACAAUUGCAGACCCGAGGGAAUUAUUUGUCACCGACCAUUGUGAAGAAGUACCUUUAGGAAGUAUAGUACGACAUGCUCACGUGGAACACAUUAAGAAAGACCCCAAUUGGGCACUGAAAGGUGGCAUGGAGGAUUUACCCAGACUAUUAGAAUAUGACUUUUUUUUCACUUCAAGAUUCGAACAAGAGGAAAGUCGUUUUGUAGAUUUUUCUGACGAAUUUCAAGACAAAAGCAGUUUUAAUGAUUGCAAUUCUUGUAGGCGCAGACUUGCAAGAAAAACAAGUGCAUUGGUCCAGUAUGAUGGGAAAGAAAUUAAAUGGAUGAAUGAAACUUUUACUAUUGGUACUUGCGUCUUCCUAAAACCAGAGACGUACAAAUUCAAAGUGGAAAGCAACAAGGAAAAGGAGAGAAUCGAGGUGGAUACUGAUCUAUAUCCAGAAUAUUAUAGAAAAGUAGCAGAGAAUAAGAAAGGUUCUAACUUGGACACACCAGAAACUUUUAUUGUUGCUCGAAUCGAAGGAAUAAGACAUACAGAAAACGAAGAUACAAAACUUGAAGUUAGGAUAUUCUAUAGGCCCCAACAUGUCGAGUGUUCCAUUAACUUGAUGUAUGACAAAGACUUAAAUUAUGUAUAUUGGACAGAAAAAAUAAUUGUGACAUCGUUUGAUAAUGUUAUGGGUAAAUGUUAUAUCUUUUAUGGGGAUAAUUUAUCAGACAGAAGACAAUGGAUUGCCAAGGGCCCAUAUCGGUUUUAUUUUGAGGAAUCCUAUGAUCCUGACACUCAGAAAAUUGAUGAUGUACCAAGUUUAGCCACUAAGCUAGGCUUACAAGGAAAAGGGAAAGGAAAAACAGGGAAAGGCAAGUCGAACAGAUCAGAGGUGGAGCCUCUUGUAUCACCACCGGAAUGGCCAAAAGUUACAACUCCCUUGAGAGCUAUGAACAUCUUUGCAGGGUGUGGGGGUCUGUCUGAGGGCCUUCAUCAAUCUGGAAUUUGUGAAACAAAGUGGGCUGUGGAAAAAGAAGUGGCAGCGGCUGAAGCUUUUAGACUGAAUAACCCGAAAUGUAAAGUUUUUACUGAAGAUUGCAACGCUCUGCUUCGAAUGGUUAUGAAUGACAAGGAGGCAGCUAAAAAAAUUGGCCUUCCUCAAAAGGGUGAGGUGGAGAUGCUAGUUGGAGGACCUCCAUGUCAAAGUUUCUCCGGCACGAAUAGAUUUACUGCUGGACAAUAUUCUAUAUUCAAAAAUUCCCUCAUCGUUUCUUAUCUCAGUUUUUGCGAUUAUUACAGGCCGAAAUAUUUCGUUUUGGAAAGUGUCCGAAAUUUUGUCUUUUUCAAAAAGAGUGCGAUCUUAAAAUUGACGCUAAGGUGCUUGCUAGCCAUGGGUUAUCAAGUUUCGUUUGGGAUUCUUCAAGCAGGACAUUACGGGGUACCCCUAAACAGGAGGAGACUUGUAAUAAUGGCGGCAGCACCUGGAUACGUUCUUCCCAAGUAUCCAGAAGCAUCCCAUGUUUUCAAUAAGAGAGGGUGCAAUUUAUCUAUUGUUGUUGACGGUCGUAAAUUCGAUAAUGGGGUUAAAUGGAUUGAAUCGGCACCUUAUCGCACCAUAACUGUCCGUGACUGCAUCUCUGAUCUACCGGAAAUCAAGAACGGUUUCAGUCAGCCGGAAAUCCAGUACGAUUCAGAACCCCUUUCGCAUUUCCAAAGGCUGAUGCGUGGUACUGACACUACUCGAGUAGUUCGUGAUCACAUCUGCAAAGAAAUGGCACCCUUGGUGGAGGCACGUAUCGCACAGAUCCCAACUUAUCCCGGAGCUGAUUGGAGGGAUCUCCCCAAUAUGGUUGUAAGGUUAAACAAUGGCACAUUCACACAACUAUUGAAAUAUACGUACAGAUCUAAAAAACAGAGUGCUAAGGAUCCCCCUCGUGGCGUUUGUCAAUGUGCUGAAGGAAAAUCAUGUGAUCCGUCUGAUAUUCAAAUUAAUACUCUCAUUCCUUGGUGCUUACCGCAUACAGCCGAUAAACAUAACCAUUGGAGUGGUCUGUAUGGGAGGCUUGAAUGGGAAGGAUUUUUCAGUACCACCAUAACCAAUCCGGAGCCAAUGGGAAAACAAGGAAGAGUUUUGCAUCCUUCACAAAACAGAGUAGUGAGUGUCAGAGAGUGCGCCAGGUCACAGGGCUUUCCAGAUAAGUUCAAAUUUUAUGGCAAUAUUCUGGAUAAAUAUCAACAAAUAGGCAAUGCUGUGCCCCCACCUAUGGCUAUGGCUAUUGGGCGGGAAAUAGUGAAAGCAUUAGUAUUGAGUGAAAAAACGCAAGAGCCAAUAGAAUUUGAGACAAAUGGCAUCACUAAAAGUGAAAUAAAAGAUGUGAUAGGUGGAGAGAAUGCAACAAUGAACUGCCGUAAAAGUGAAUAA